CAUGGCGACCACUAGUAAAAUGGGAUCGAAUGACUGGAAUACAAAACGUAAAAAAACACCGGCGAAACCUCCGAUGAAGGUGAACAAGUCGCCCAAGAAGAACACCACCAAGUCUUCAAAAUCCACCUCUUCCAACAAGAAACCGAAUAACGAUAAGAAAGCUAAGAAAGUUGUCUCGAAGAAGACAUCUCCAAAGAAGACAACAAAGGCUGGGACCAAAAAGACGAAAAAUGAUGUCAAACCUGCCGACAAGAAAAAAACAAGUCCGAUAAAAGCUAAACCAAAAGCUGAUUAUAAGACACGCCAUCACAUCGGCCGAAGAAAAGCAACGGAAAAUGUGAUCUCAUAUAGCCAAUCAGGGACAACAUUCUUUGAUUUGUAUACUGACUAUAAGACGUUCAAUAUAUCCAAAAUGAAGUUCCCAACAAAACGUGGCCAUGACGAUUCAAAUAGCGUUAAACUGCCCCCCAAAAAACUGAAACUAGACCGGAGUAGUAUGAACAGUGGUAAGGUCUCAUCUCCUUCGAAAGACAAGGAGAAUUCAGCUGCUUCAAAGGAAAAAAAGAACAUUGAAAAGUUGAAAAGAUCAAAAGAAUCUUGUGAAAAGGGUUUGAAAAUUCAAAGUCCGAAAAAGAAUAAAGAAAGUCCAAGUAAAAAGGGAACUGAAAAGAGUCAAUUGCAGAAGAAAGGGGCAAUUUCCGAUGAGAAUUUGGAAGGUUCAAAUAAAGUUAAAAAACCAUCUCCGAGGAAGAAGGUGGUCACUAGUUUUCAGGCUGUUGCACCACGCGGACCGUGGGUUAGACGCCAGGCUAGUCUGAAUGCUUCUGCUGUUAUGACUGUACUUUACGAGCGUGAAAGGGGCCCUACGAUUGUGAAGGAGACAGACGAUCAGAAAACGCCUGUGAAAAGUCAUGAAUCUUCCAGCAAAAUUUCUACGAAAAAGUCCAAGGAUGCCAAAAAAGUUUCAAAAACUCUGAAAUUGACUUCUAAAUGUAAGAAAGAAUCUACUAAAAAAGAGAAAGCAGAACCAAAAAAUAGGGUGUCACGAACAAAUAAAAAGAGUGGGAAGGUGCAGGAAGCUGUGGCUAAAUCUAAAGGUACUUGUAGAUCCAAAAAGAUCAAAGGUCCUUAUCGGUUCCGGGAAUUGAAAAAUCUGCUUGAUUGUGACAAUAACGAUUUAGAUUGCGAUGUUUUGAAAUCAAUACAGCAGGGUUUCUUUUCGAAAGGAAUGAAACGAAAGAUCAACUCCUCGGAUAUACAACUUGGUGUAUUUGCACAUAAGAAACGUGAGGCUAGUCUUAAUGCCCAGGCCAUGUUGGCUGCCAGCUGUGGACGAGUUGGUGGACGCAGAAUUGGACGAGACUAUAGUUCAAGUGAAACAUCUUCGGAUUCUGAAUUUUUCCAGUCGGACUCGGAUGAACUUGAUGAACGGUCGUCUGUUACCAGUAGUGAGGUUGAAGCUGAUGAUGAUUCGGAUGAAAUUAUCGAUGUUGUUGAGAAUGACGAGGAUGAGGACAUGCGAGCAGCGAGGGUUCUCCCCGAUUCCUUUAAGAUUACACGUCAUGUGGCAACGGUCCACCACACUCAUGAGAUUCUCGGUCACUGGGUGGAUGGGCUCGGGAUCAAGGAGUCGUUGAUGUGCAAGGAUUCUAUUGAAUGGACCAAUCGCGAACUAUUACAAGCACAACCACAGGUGACGCCAGUGUCCCCUGGGAAUGGCAUUAUUGUCCCAGUAUCUCAAGUCACAAGUCCACGUAUGGAGGUCAUAAAGGUCACACCACGUCCGUCGUUACAAACUCCACCACUGCAGUCGUCACCAAUGCAGUCGUCGUCACUGUUGAUAAAUGGUAUGGUGGCUCCCGGGGGUUCACCACUACCUAAUGGAAUGAUAGGACCAGGAGGGUCGCCCCUGCCAACGUCGUACUCUUACAAUAACGGUGCCAUCAUCCCUUCGUCUCACUGCCAGUCAUUCACACUAAACGGACUCGGGAGUAUCUCCCUCAUGGCGACCUACCCCAACAGAUACGACAGUGCCUUCAGAGUGCCAUCAUUUAACAACUCGUACUAUCAGCACCCGGGUUGUUACAGCCAGAACAGUCCGAUCAUGCAGCCGGUCCAGGACAGAUACACACACAUUGUGCACCACCCAAUCCCAGUGCAGCCGCAGCAAGACCUGGAGAUCAUCUUCCAUCACCACAACUCCCACCAGACGAUCAAACCAUGCUGCUCCAAGACAGAGACAGUCACGUGUACUGUCACCCACACCCAGCAACAACACGUCAAUCAGAAACAGCCGUGCAAGAUUCAGGAAUCUUUUCCACCAUCGCCGGCAUCUCAUCAGCCACUGCCACCCCUACCACCACCUGAACCGCCAGCACCUCAGCAGUUCUCGUCACAACAGUCGGCACACCAACAGUUCUCAUCUCAGCAAGUGGCACCCCAGAAUUUCCCCUCACAACAGACAGGGCCACAGCAAUAUCCCACUCAGCAAUCGGCACCACAGCAUUUCCAACAACAGGUGGCACCUCAGCAGUACCCACGUCAACAAACACCGCAUCAAUAUCCUCAACAGCAGGUGCCACAACAAUACCCAUCACUAUCUGCACCUCAGCAGUUUUCUCACCAACAAUCUGGACCUCAUCAUUUCCAACACCAAAAGUCUACACAACAGUUUUCGCAGUACACAUCAUCUACGCAGCAGUUCCCACAUCAAGCAUCAGCACCCCAGCAGUUUCAGCCCCCACCUCAAUCCCGCCGCAAUCCUUACCCAAGUCAACAGUCUCACCAGAUGCAGAAUCCUGCUGCGCCAUCGAAUCAACUUCAGACACUUCCUGCCAACAUGCGUUCAGUCCCUGUGAACAAAAGUCUUCCUCCCUGUGCGCCCAGAUAUCAUACUUUGACUGCUCCACCACCCAAAAACACCCCAGAUGCAUUUCGCAAGAACUUAUCUGCACCCCAACUAAAAUCACUUCCUGCACCCCCUAAUCGAAACUCAGUUGCACCUCAAGUAAAAAAUCAGUCAAUGCCCCAGAGAACUUCAUCACAUUCUGUUAACCUUCCUGCCCAGUCAACCCAUAAUGCUGCACUUCCUCUCACCCUGCCGGGAAUCGCACCAAAAAACGCAGCUACCCAACCAAAACCACCAGCUCUUCAUCCCAUUCCAAAACCGUACACACAUCCCAUGCCGCAGACAGUGCCCCGACCUAUUGGUCAAUCUGAGAGAGAACUAAGGAAGAGACCGAGAUCAGUGACAGCUUUCUCAGGUGAGGGCCGCAAAAGGAUGUGCCUAAAUCCUGUUACAGUAGAAAUACCGAUGGACAUUCAGGUGUAUGGUGUCGACAAGAAUGACACUGAGCGCACUUGUCAUCGGCGGAAAGAACGAACUGAACCGGCAGCUAGGGAACCGAAGAAACGAUUGGAGGAAAGUGAAGGCUUUGCGGAGAGAUGUGAAAGUGCUCAGAAGAAAGAUAGUUUAAGAAUUCAAAGUGUUGAGAGAAAGAGACCUGAAAGACUAAGUCCGAGGCUCAGCAAGGAGAAGCCUGGGCCAGAUGUGAAUCGGUUACCAGCGGAACAAGCCAGUGCAAUUUCUCCCAAAGAGAAAUCUGCGACAAACAAAACAAAACAGAAAGUGACUGAGAAAACAAAGGAGGGCGGGUUGAAGUCAAAAGUGAAGUCUAAGCCAGUGCUCAAUAACAAUAGUAAAGGUGUUGCAAAUAACAACAAGAAAACUAUCGGAGGGAAAACAAAACUUCUCAAUUCAAAGAAGUGUAUGAGUGCGGAAACAAAACUGCUAAGUAAUAAGAAAAAGGUUGGUGGCCAGAGACUAACUGGGGACAAGAAAGUUUUGAAAUCUGUGACCAAUAGACCAAAACUGUCAUUAAAAAAAGCUGAUAAACAGAAGCCAAAACUUCUCAAAAAGAAGACUGCCACUGGACAAAAAGCCAAACUGCUUAAGUCGUCUGGUCAGGGACCAAAACAUCUCAAUCUUAAGAAGUCUGUGGCUGUUAGUAAGGGUCCGAAACACUGUAAGACGUCCCCCAGUGAUAAAUCAAAAACAAACAUUAAAAAAGAAAAGAAACGUGUUGAUGCUAAAUCGAAAACGGGAGGAGUGAAAGCGGGACAAGAAGCAGGCUCGAUCAGUUCACGACGGGGGUCCAAUCGGAAACAGUCUCUUGAUAACAGCUGGCAGUGGGUUGGAGAGCCCGAGAACAAGCUUGUCUUCACUUGUAAUGAGAUGCCCGGUGUUGAACGUCCGUGCUAUUCCGCUAUCUGCCAUAAUGAUGGUGACAUCAUCAAGGCGCGUGACUGUGUCUUGCUGCGUUCUGGACCAAGAAAGAAGGAUCUGCCAUUCAUCGCAAAGAUAACUGCGUUCUUCGAGAAAGAUGGUGAGAAGAUGAUGAGCAUCCUGUGGUAUUAUCGCCCUGAGCACACAGAAGCUGGCCGUCAGCCCAAUCAUCUGCCAGCAGAGCUGUUUGCAUCGAAGCACAAAGAUGAGAACAGUAUAGCAUGUAUUGAGGACAAGUGCCUUGUCAUGUCUGUAGGAAAAUACUGCAGAUAUCGAGCAAAACUGAAACUCCUGGAAGAAAAUCUGCCAUUUAGUUAUUCGAAGCAGACGCUUGUACCCAAAGCAGACGACGUACCAACUGAAUGCUUGCCAACUGACGUCGACCCAGAGACUGUCUUCCUCUGUCGCUCUGUCUACGACUUUAGACAGAAACGUAUCUUGAAGAAUCCAUCCUGAAGUUGUGAAUAACUAGGAGAAAUUAUGGAGACAUGGCAUCUUUUGUUGACAUAGCUUGACUCUGUUGGCGCUGGAUGGUGUAUUCAAGUCCUGGAGUUCUCACCCGAUGAUGAUGGGUGGCGAAACCCUGUGGCAACGACAACAGUUUCUUCCGUGCAAAUGAUAAAUUUUGUAGCCUCUGCACAACUUAUUAUGAUGGAUAGGAAAGCUAGAUUGUGCCGUUGUUUUCAAUGGACUUGUAAAAGAACUCACCUGCAGCUUUGUCCAAAAAGAAGUCUGCACAGUAAAUCACAAGCUAUAGUGAUUUGCAUGCUUGUAGAAUUCUGGUAAUUCCAAAAAACAUGAUUUGUGACUUGUGAUUGUUUUCAUACAAGGUGCAAGCCGUCUGCCUGCAGUCUAAAAUUUGAUACCUUGCGGUCUGUUGAAAGGCACUAACUCUCUUGGUUUUAUACUUCCUUCAAAUGUACUUUAUAAGCCCAUGACGCUUUUGUAUAGCAUUUCCUGUUUGUAGUCUCCUUGGUCGAUUUCUCGCAAACUUAGAUUUAGUAUGACAGUGCAGACAGCUGUGCUCAGGUUCCUAGUUGAACAUGCUGUAUUCAAGACGUAUGCAUCCAAGUUUUAGUGCCUGCACCUGUGACGUCUAAUAUUCAUGGGCAACUGCAUGGAAUAAAAGAUGUUUGCAGUUACUUCCUUUGUCUUUAAACUGCUUCUUGGUAAUUGACUGGCAUGUAUUACAUCAGAAACCUAUCAAUGAAUCAAAGGUGAUACACAUUUAUCAUCUGCAUGGAGUCUAUAGGCCCGAGCCAGCGAGGUCAGAUUAAGUGACACAAAGGCGUCAAUAGUGAUAUCUCCUAUCUCACAGCACAUCAAGUUAUUCAUGCUUGUACAAUGAAUCUAUUAAACAUGGCAUUAAAUACAAGCCAGUCUUCUCGCUGUGCAUUUUAGUCACCUACAGACCACAAACUUGAUGCCUUGCUGCUACAUAUAAGUUCCUGUUUAACUCUUGUAAUGUGAUGUGGUGUAUUUUGUUGUAGAUAUUCGGCUAAGUGGCACUUUUAAAACCUUCACUUACCGUAAAAUUUGUUGUCAAAUGUUUACAUGUAUGGAGAAUAUCAAGACUUAACUAAACUUGCUGUGAUUAAAGACAACCCUUUAUUGGCAUCAAUGGGCGUAACUACACUCAAAUACCAUUGUCUUGUUGACACGAAGACUGGUGACUCUUACUUUUCUGUGUUAGAGAUAGAUGUCCGAUAUUUUCAAACCAGUAAACUGAUAAUAAUUUGAUGUGAUAUUGUCCUUGUUUGACUAGGCUUUGCCCUUUAUAUUGGGUUUGUGGUCAUACUUUUAAGCACGUCCGCACAUUUUUCUGAUUAUCAGGACCCUUUACGCAAAACAACUUGGCAUAGAUGGACAGCAAAUGCAAAUAACUGCCCAAAUUCUUGACCACCUCAGAUGUGUUCGUAUUUAAAGUAUGGCCAUUUGUAGACAUUUGGCCAAAAUAACUCUAGUUUUCUUAUGUUCGAAGAAUGUCUUUUAUUCUGUUUUUGCCAACAGGCAGUUAUUUUCUUCCAACUCUCACAUCGUUAUAAUUUUCACCUGAACAUCGGGCGUUUAUUUUGUUGACCACUUUUGGUCAAGUACACUCUAUUUUGGCGGACACCUUAUGGAUUAUCUCUGAACUGUUUACAGUCUUCUUCUGUAAGAAAGAAAAUCUACAUCUGCAUUCGUAAAAUAAGACAGGGGGUUGCAAAUGCUCUAGUUUUACUGAUAUGAGAUCGCUUUGUCAGUUACUAUGAAAAAAACACCAAGGCCAGGCCGGAAUAUGAUGUGAUGGCCAUUGGACCACUUACAUACAUGUGCUCGUGAUCUUACCAAAGUAGUUAAGUCAGUUGCCCAUGAUUGUGAUUGCUACUUUCUGCACAGAAUCGGGACGGGGACGGCGGGGCCUCUUAAAUUAGGAUUAGGAUGUGGAUGCAUUUAGGGGUGUUGUGUUGGCGCUAGGCUCGCAUUGAUUAGUGUUGUGUCAGGCAGAACCAGUAUUCAAAAACAGAAAUGCAUGUAUAUAUGGUUUUGGGUUGGUUUGAAGGUCACAGAUUUAUAGACGAUCACUUUGGUCUCGGUAGACUGGUUGACUUUUUGAAAGUCAUGUUAUGCAAUUAAAGUAUUUAUUCUAGACGGUUAAGAUGUAAGAUAUUAUAUCAAGUAUGUUGUUGUUUUUGAUUGUACAUACUUUAAAUGGAAUAGAAAUAUAUAUAUUAGUAUAUUCUGAUAUUAUAAUCAUACAGUGUGUCUCUGUAAAUGGUUACCAUGUCGUUUAUGAUUCCAGGUGCUUGGUAGGACUUGCAUUAUCCUUUUCUUAUGGACGGCACAAUAUUCCGAAGUAGGACCAUGAUUAUGACUAAAAAUGUGUGCUUUCUCCUGAUAAUACAAUCAUUGUCAGGUGGUAUAUUAGGACAGAGGCUGCUCUAUUUACCCUGUUGUAUCACUGUAUAUCCUGGUCUUCGUUAAAAAUGGAUGACGUAUAAUAUCGCACCAUAUGAAAUACUUCGAUUAUUUAAAAUUCUAUUACUGUUUGAAUUUUUUGUGGUUAUUUAAUUCUUAUAUCUCCGCCUAAGGUAAUCUUUGCAUUGUGUUGUUUUCAGUUAUAGUUUUGGAAAAACUUCAGGUAAUGAAACGUCAGGUAAUGAACGGACAUACCCUUAUUCUUGGCGCUUUUAUCUCUGUAAUACCUGACUGGUGCCUCAUGAUCUACUGCACUAGAUUUGGUUGUAUCAUGAGUAUCAAGUCAGAUUUGGAUGUACAUGGUGACGUUACUGAUGUCCGAAUCCUUACAUAUAAAAUGGCACCCGUCAUGUGCUACUCUAACCCAAAGUUUUCCUUACUAGAUUUUAUUGAAUUCGCUUAAUCGUGUGAAAUGUAUUUUGUCAAUUCUGUCAUUCUGGAUGGUGAUUAUAUCUUGUUUAUUAUCGUUUGAGUAGAUUAUCCUGAAUUAUAUUACUGUUCUUGAAAUUGCUUUUAAGAAAGUUUAAUCUGAUAAGUCUGUGGUUAGGGCUUACUCUUUUUGGUAUCAUUCCUGUUUUGUACAUGCGAAAGCAGAUUCAACAAAUAGAAAAGAGAUUUCGAAAACUUGAGAGUUAACGUUAUUCAUGAACUGCAUCUUAGGCAUAUUGAAAAUAUCUUUUGGGUCUAACAUAUGAGGCUGGGCCUUCUUCCAUUUUUUGGGUUGUUUGGUUCAAGUGUUCUUUUCUGUUAAUCUUUGGUAUGACAAGAAGAGUAUAGACAACUCAAGUUUGCACGGAUCUCUUAAUUUUCUUCAAUUUGGUUACAAUGUUGUCGAUAAUGACUGAGAAUACACCUCAAAAUGUUGGAACUGACUUGCUUAGAUUAUAGUUCAUUUCACCCAGUUUUGGGCAAUGGCCCGCUGUAUACAUUACAUGGAAUAUACUGAUGAUUCUGUCCUGGCUCAGUGAAGUGAACUAUUUCAAGUACUGCUGAAGAGACGAUAUCCUUAAAUACAUGUAAGGUGUUUUUUCUGUGUUUAUAUGAUAGAAGUGUAUAAUGAUGUAAUGUUUUCCUCCUGAAAGAUGUACUAUUCUAUAUAUUUUGUGGAAAUGUACUUAAUACUAUGAGGUGCAAAUGGACGUCCACAACAAUCAAAGUCAUAUGGAAAGCUCCAUCCACCGUCUUGGGUGAAACUGUUAUUGAAACCAUUGGCGUUUUUGGCAUGAUAUAUACGUGGGCAAUCUUAUCUACAAAAAACCUCCAAUCUGUCCAUCUUCUUUGCUGUGUUCGAAAAGAAGGUUGUAAUGCUUCAGGCAGAUGUUUAUAAGGGAAUAGUUCUCUUAUGUUUCAUUGGCCUCCUGCAGACAAUGUGCAACACUAUCUUCUGAUCUUACUCGGCAUUGUUCUUCAUGACCUGACUGUGGACAAGGUGACAAUAAACAUCAUUAAAUGUAUGUUUCUCAGUUGUGUUAAUAAAGACUCUCCUUUAAAAAUAAACAGGCUAAUGCUGUUUGAAGAAAGGGAGUGCUACUUGCUUCUUUUCUGCAGAAGCAUAUGGAGGUGUCCGCCAUGUUGUAAAUUCGAAAGAUGUUGAUUGACAACCGAUUUUCUCUCGUGAAAUCUGUCCCAAAUGUCCACAAGGUAUGAUAUAUUAUUGUUGACUAUUGGAUUGGUAGAUAUAGUUGUCGUUUAUUGGAGGUAGAACAGAUCAAUGAAUUAAUAUUUUAUCGUUUACCCAUAAUAUACGCGCACUUCCUGUCAACUGGACCCAUGUUUGCACUAGAAUGGCUUCAUUUAAGUCUCUCAGUGUUUUGUGUAAAAUAAGGUGGCGCUGAUUUUCACUGGGGUGUGUCCAAAUUGACCUCCCAUCAUUGUCACAACAAUGCAAUACCCAAGUGACAGCACCAUGUAGCGUUGGGCAUAGUUUUCUGGUGCCUUGUUCAGUGUCUUUACAUCACCUCUGAAGCCAUUAUGUUGCACAGGACACUGACAGACUUGAACUUAAGAUAAAUGUGAGCCAUGUAGAGUUAGGUACUAAGGUGAUUGACAGCGGCCUGGGCCUGGAGUGCUCAGUCCUAUGUCGGACCUGGAGUCUUUCUUAUUGCAGCAUCCCAGGCACAGUAACACUGUCAAUGACCCACUUUGCACUCCUAUCCCAGUAUUUUAUUCCAUAUAUUUUAUGUGUGAAUCAGCGUCCUCGUUCACAGUCGCAACAUGCAAUAAAAAAAAAUCU